ACACCUGUCAGCUGUGGCAGAGUCAAGCGAACAGGAGCCGGUAAACUUGGACAGCAAUGGACAAAUGCUGCUUGUCUGCUGAGGACGAGGAGAAGACGAGGAUACACAAAGAAAUCGAGAGGCAACUUCGCCGUGAUAAACAAAACCUUAAACGAGAGCUGAAGCUACUGCUUUUAGGGACUGGUGAAAGUGGGAAGAGCACCUUUAUAAAACAGAUGAGGAUCAUCCACGGCAAAGGGUUCACCGACAGUGACAGGAAAGGGUUCACUCGGCUGGUGUUUCAGAAUAUCGUCGUAGCCAUCCAGGCGCUGGCUGAUGCCAUGCAGACCCUAAAGAUUGAUUACGUUGAUGACCAGAACCUUAAUAAUGCAAAGAAACUGGGCCAGAUUGAUUCAAGUGACGUACAGACUUUGGAGUCCUGGCAGGUGGACGCCAUUAAACGAGUGUGGAACGACCACGGCGUGCAACAGUGUUAUGACCGCAGGAGGGAGUUCCAGCUGUCAGACUCAGCUAAAUAUUAUCUGAGUGACAUGGACAGAAUCUCAGCCCCAGGCUUCAUUCCUACCCUGCAGGAUGUCUUGAGGGUCAGAGUUCCCACCACAGGGAUCAUAGAAUACACGUUUGACAUGUCAAAAGCCAUCUUCAGGAUGGUGGAUGUGGGAGGCCAGCGAUCAGAAAGGCGAAAAUGGAUCCACUGUUUUGAAAGCGUUACUUCCAUCAUAUUCCUGGCAGCCCUCAGCGAAUAUGAUCAAGUUCUAUAUGAGAGCAAAGAUGAUAACCGACUGCGAGAGAGCCUUGAGCUAUUCAGAACGAUUGUAUCAUCCAGUUGGUUUCAGGAGUCCUCCACCAUCCUUUUCCUGAAUAAAACAGACAUACUGGAAGAGAAAAUCACACAUUCACAUUUGGCAACCUACUUCCCAGACUACAAUGGGCCUCAGAGUAAUGCCAACACAGCAAAAAAAUUCAUUGAAUCGAUGUACAUCCAGCGGCACGUUGGGCGUCAUAAAUCCCUCUACACCCACUUCACCUGUGCCACAGACACAGAGAACAUCCGAGUCGUCUUCAAAGCAGUCAGAGAUACGCUCCUCCAAGACAAUCUUGAGCAGUUCAGCCUUACAUAAGGGAAAACAAGAAGGAAAUCCCUCCUUCAGGAACAUAAAACCAAAUCAUUCAAAAAUAAAUCAUUAAAUCACUAAA